CGAACGCCCUGCCGGAAGAAGGAGGGGGACGGCACCGAGUGCCUACCUGCCACACGCUAAAGUUCUCACCACAGGCACCACCUGCAGUCGAUUCCUGGCAGUUCUGGCGUGUGUCUCGAGGCUGAUACCCCGUCACUGGAGAUUGCCGCGCGGAAUCCAAAACACUACACACUCUGACCACACCCCCCCUUGGAGUUGGGUCGGUCCCGAAGAGCACUAUUACACACAAUACCAACGACCACACGAGGUAACUCUAGGCACCUGCCAAGGAACGGGUGAACAGGUCGUCCCUCGAACAUGGGUAUCAGCGAUCACGACCGCGGCUUCCUCCGCCAGUGCGUCGACCUCGCCCGCCAGGCCCUCGCGGCCGGCGACGACCCCUUUGGCUCCGUGCUUGUGGACGGCACUGGCCAGGUCCGCUACACGGACCGCAACAGGACCCGCACGAAGCAGGACGUGACCUGGCACCCCGAGUUCACGAUUGUCCUGUGGGCGCAGACGCAUAUGUCGGCAGCAGAGCGCGCCGCGUCGACUGUCUACACGUCGGGCGAGCACUGCCAGAUGUGCUCGACGGCUCACGGCUACGCGGGGCUUGGCCGCAUCGUCUUUGCCUCGUCGUCGACCCAGUUCGUCCAGUGGCUAAGCGAGCUCGGCAUCACCAAUCGUCCCGUCCGCAGCAUCCCCAUCAAGGAUGUCGUGCCCGGCUUGACGGUCGACGGACCCGACGACGAGACAUCGGCCGAGGUCCACAAGCUCGUCCAGGCCUGGCGUGGCAAGCCGUAGCGAGACCGCCCAGCCGCCCUUAGCUCCACGGCAUACACACACGCGUCCGUGCCCGGUAGCUAGGGUAAGCGAGUUCGGAGGAGGAUGCGUCAAUCAAGAAUCAUCUUAAACGACGAUGACUCGGGCCAAGGAGGACGACGAGGACGACAAGGGGUGGCCGCAUGCAUUUCCUUGCCUGUCUUUGCAAUGCGGGUCGGAGGGAUUCGCACGAGCCCGAAGGUUGUGGGGAGGGAGAUGAUGGCACGACGGGAGUAAACCCACACAGCUAAGGCCAACGCCGGGGGGGUUAGGCCCGCGCAGCUCACAAUCCCUCGCUUUGGCCUCAACUUGCUUCUUCAGCGUUCGAUUAUAUAACAUGUCGAACCACUAUCCCAGCGGCCCAAGCAUGGGAAGGCCCUGUCAUGUCCACUCUUGUGCCAACGCCAAGCCCUGUGCGGCAGGCGGCCCCAGUAGCUACAUCACGUAACCAU